ACUCCCGGACCAAAGAAACAUCACCAUGGACCCUUCAGCUCUCGACAUGGCCAUCCAGCAUGCCCUGGCAGGGCUCUACCCACCUUUUGAAGCCACUGCCCCCACUGUUCUGGGUCAGGUGUUCCGGCUCCUGGACUCUGACUUCCGGGGAGAUGGGCUGAGCUUCCUCCUGGAUUUCCUCAUCCCUGCCAAGCGCCUGUGUGAGCAAGUACGGGAAGCAGCCUGCGCCCUCUAUACCCACUGCAUCUUCCUGCACGAGGGUUGGCCGCUGUGUCUGCGGGAUGAGGUUGUGGUCCACCUGGCACCGCUCAACCCGCUUCUGCUGCGUCAGGGGGAUUUCUACCUUCAAGUGGAGUCCUGGGGGGAGCAGUCUGUCCACAUGACACUCAAGUGUCUCUCCUCAGACCUCCGCAAGGUGGACAAGCAGCCGAUCCCUGAGUCCUCCUACUGUCUCAUGUUCACUCCAGAAUGGCUGGAAGCCAUCAACAGUGACUUUGAGGGACGUCCCUUACACAACUGCCUCGUGGCUUCAGAAAAUGGCGUCAUGCCUGUGCCUUGGACCAGGAUCACCAGCCCAGAGUUUGUAGAUGACAGAGCCCCGAUAGUGAACGACCCUUCCUCACAUGGGGACUCCUGCCCACUAGAGGCACUCCAUCUCAGCAGCCCUCAGGAGCCACGCCAGGCCAGCUCCUCGGGCAGCAGGGGGUCUACGGCCCAGAGUUGGGCUAAGGAUAAAGGGAGGCAGUCGGGGGACAAGUAUCCAGGCCUCAUCAAGGUGGAGCCAGCAAGGGCAGGGGAAGUGGCCUUCAGGAUGGACAGAGAACCCAACCAGGGCCUGGAAGGGGACUAUGUGGCUCUCCUGGGCUUUCCCCAAGAGUGUAGAAGGGGGUCCCCAGACAGGGAGGCAAUGAUACUCUGUGAUCCUCGAGGCCCACAGGAGGCAAGAUCCAGAACUAAAGGGGCACCUCCCUUGGGAAGACAGAUAUGUGCAAAGCCAGCAGGCUCAGGAGAGAAGCCCUGUAGUGGGGGCUCAAGGAGAAAGGCCAGGCAUAAAGCCUCUGGCCACACUACAGUGCAGCAGCCCCACUUUGGUGUCCUGGAGAAUCCGCUGGACUGCACCUCUGGCCUGGCGAAAGACACUGAAGAAGAGCCAGCAGCCUCCAAGAUACAAAAGCCUUUGGGAACACCAGCAGCCAUGGUCCAGCUCAGGCCUGGGCCAAGACAAGUACCCUCUCCCCUCCUGUCCUCAGCUAGCCCUGUAGCCCCAACGUCUGAGAUGAAGACCGAAGAGACCACACCUAGACAUGGCAGAGCUUCCAAACCUGAGGCCUGCCUCAGUAAGAAUACCUCCUUCCAUGGGUCCCCAGCUCCUGGGCUCCAGUUCUCCUUCUUGAAAGGUCAAAGGGCACCUCAGAAGCCCCCUGAGAAGACUCUACUCCAGCAUGCCACGCCUUGGGAGGCCCUGGACCCCCUUAACUCCUUGCAGCCUCGCAGAGCCAAGGCCCAGGAGAAAGAUGCAACAAUUCUCCCCAGAACAGCUGGCUCAGGCCCACUGUCUGGGGAGCCGCCUGGCUUCCAGCAAGAUUCUGCAGCUCCCCCAGGACUUAGCUUGGAGGAGUGUUCCAGGCCCGAGCCCAGGAUUGGGACUCUGGGGGUCACGCUUCUCCACUCCAGGAUAGCCUGCCUGCCAGGUGGUAGGGACCGGGUCGGGCGGCCUCUGCUUCUGGUAUCAACGAAGGAGGAGGCCUGGGAGGCACCGUGGUGUACUGCCUUGGAGGUCACAGAGUUGCUGUCCUACUUAUUCAGUGUUCCUAGGCUGGAAGCUAAAGCCAAGGGGCUGCUGGUGGUGAUUGAUGCCAGGAAAGGGCCCCCGAGGCCUGGUCUGGUCAGUGCCCUGCAGAGCGCACAGGCUCUGGCUCCGGCCUCCAUCAGUAAAGUGCUCCUCCUGGGGCAGAAGGUCUCGGUCCUUCAGCUACCUGCACUAUCUGUCCAGGUGGAGGUAGUGACCUCACUGAAGGCCCUCAGGAACCACGUGGACCCUAGCCAGCUGCCUGAGGCUCUGGAGGGCUCCUUCCCCUACGGCCACAGAGAGUGGGUGCAGUUUUUCCAGAAGCUGGACCCGUUCCUCACUGACCUUCGCCAGGCCUCAUCCCUGCUGCAGGCUUCCAUCCAGGAGUUUGAGAAGGGUGACCCCCCUGGUGGUGUGCAGGAGGCCACCAAGUGCCUGAGCAAGUCCAAGGAGCUGAUGGAGGCUGUGCUGAGGGACCCAGGCCUGCUGGCUCUCCAGAGGGAAGGUGGUGCUACUCUGGCCAAGUUGCAGCAGGAGGCCAGCAGGCUAAAUGGCAACCCUGAUGUCAGGAGCCACCUGACUGAGGCUGCCACCCUGUACAACCUUGUGGAGGAUCAACUGCACAUCCUGGUCACUGCAUCCAAUCACCUCCUCCGAAGGCUGGAGCUCCGUGUCCGCCUGGGCCACCUGGAAGCUGCCAUCCACCAGGUCAAUGACUGGAUGGAACGGGAAGGAAGCCAGUGUCUGCAGGCACUUGCCCCCAUGGAUAUAUGUGCAGAAACAGUAGAGAAAGUCCACGCGGAGUUUGAGGAUUUCUUCCUGCAGGUUGCGGCCCAGUACCGCCAGGGUCUGGAAUUGUCGAAACAGGCCGCCCAGCUGGGAGCUGCAGAGGAAUGGGCAGGUGAGACAGGCCUCCCAGACCUGGCAGCCUUCGCCUCCACCCAGCAGGCCUUCCAAGCCAGGCUGACACACUUCUACAUGGCGGCCGAGAGGCAGCGCACCGACCUGGAGACCCUGCGCCACCUCUACCGCUUCAGAAGGAAGAUGUCCCGCUUCCAUAUGGACUGUCAGGACCUACUGAGCCAGCUCAGCCUGGGCAAGGCUGCAAGGGCCAGCCCCGGGGACCAGCUCCACCUCCGCCUCCACUGUUACCUGAAGCGCCUGGCAUCUGAGUUCCAGACCGAGAAGCUCCUGGCCACGAAGCUCCAGGUGGCCUCCUUGAGCCAGGCCAGCCUGGGCCAGCAGUUGUGGGAAGAGGUCCAGGAGCGACACCAAGAGAUCCAGAGCUUGCUGGGGAAGGCUCUAACCUACUGCCCAUGCCCAGAGGUUCCGGCUGCCCACUCGGCACACACAGAUCGAAGCAGGCCAGCGGUGAAGGGCAAGGGUCUGCCUAGAGACGCGGUCUCCAAAUGGGACAGGUCUCUACAAGACUUCCUGGCUGUGUCAAAAUCCCAGUGUCCUCCCCAGACCCCUCAAGGGGAGCAGAGCAGAAACAUGUGGGCAGGCCUGCCGCCCCAGGAAGCAGGACAGUCUGUGGACACUGAGGAAGGCAGAGGUGCCCCCAAGCUCCCGGAGCCCACCCUGGAGCGCCUCCUCGCCUCCCUCUUCUCCUGGCAUCACCUUCCCAGACAGAGCAAGACCUCCCAUCCUACUGGGGGCAGCUUCUCCUCUGAAGGGACAGGCUCACAGACAUCCCUGGAGGACUCACCCCACACAAGCCCUCCUGCGUCCCUCUAACUGGAUCUGAGCCGUCACACUUGCUCCGGGG